UUACGGGAGCAUUUGCAAGUUGCAUGCGUGUCUUCUUCCUACCAUCACUUCUCUCGUUUUGCUAUCGAUCUCAUGGAUGUGGCGUCGUUGGAAUCUUCGGUGGAGGCAACGUUGGAUGCCCUCAGAGGAGAUCAAUGGAGGGCGCGGCAGCCAUUUACCAUCUUCCGCGUUCCCGCCAACGUCCGCGAGAGCAAUCGCACCUCGUACGAGCCGCGCGUGGUGUCCAUCGGCCCCUAUUACCACGGCGGCGCCGCACUGCGCACCAUGGAGGACCACAAGUGGCACUACCUACAGGGCCUGCUGUCCCGCCACGCCGGCGACGGCAGUGUCGCGGCGGUCAGCGCGUCCACUUUGGUCGCAGAGAUGAGAACCCUGGAGGCCCAGGCGCGCGCCUGCUACAGCGAGCGCCCCGCCGGCCUCGCCUCCGACGACUUCAUCGUGAUGCUCCUGCUCGAUGGCUGCUUCAUCCUCGAGUUCCUCUUAAAGUGGCACGCCAAGGAGCCCGACGCGCUCUGCGACGCUGGAAGGGGCCUCACGCUUGUCCCCGCGGCCGCCGACCUGCUCCUCAUGGAGAACCAGAUCCCGUUCUUCGUCCUCGAGAGGCUCUAUGGCGCAGUCACCGGCGGCGGCGCCCAGCACGGCAGGGAGUCCCUCCUUCACCUUUUCGUCAAGUACCUCGGCAGUGAGGACGAAGAGCCAAUGAGAUGGCCUUCCGGCGACUGGGAGGUCCACCACCUCCUCCAUCUGUACUACCAGAGCUUCAUUCCCAACCGAACACCGCCGCGAAGCCGCCGAGGCCCACGGUCUGACCGACGGACGAUCACCAGGACGCCACGGGUGAUACCAUGCGCAACCGAGAUGAGAGAGGCGGGGGUACAGUUCGUCGCCGCGCAGAGCCCAGCGGCCGCCGCAGGGGGGACGAGGUACGACGUGGCGUUCGACGCCCGCUGGGGCGUAAUGGAGAUACCCACAGUCCUGAUCGACGACGCGAGGCGGCCGCUGCUCGCGAACCUGCUCGCGUUCGAGCAGAGCCAGCGCGGCGAGGAGGAGGGGCUCCUGAGCAGCUACGUGGCACUGAUGAGCCAGCUCAUCGUGACAGCACGCGACGUGGAGCUGCUCCGCCGGCGCGGCGUCGUGGUGAACCUGUUGGACAACGACGAGGAGGCGGCCCGGUUCUUCAACCGCCUCGACGACUGCCACCCGGCGGGCUACGACUCGCAGGCCUUCUCCGGACUGUACGACGACGUGACGCGCUACUGUGGGACAUGGUGGCACAGCCACAUGGCUGGGCUCCGGCGCAAUUAUUUUCCCAGCCCGUGGUCGGCCAUCUCCGUUGCCGUCGCCACAUUCGUCAUCGCUCUAGCCGCUACACAGACAUACUUCACGGUGUUCCCACCCAACAAGUGAUCUCUCGUGGAUUAGAUAUCAAUUUUGCUAUAUAUUUAUCGACAGAUGUAAUUACAGUACAAUUAUAGUGUGAUUACACUGUAACUUACAUGUAAUUACACUGUAACUAUAAUAUAACUUGUAUGUAACUUUCAAAAAC